AUGGUUAAAGCUUUAACUUCACACCAUGGCUCAGAUGAAAUAAUGAAAAAACUAUCAAUUAAACCUCAUGAAGUGUCAUCUUUAGUUACAAAGGAUUUGAGUCAUUUCGUAACGAAAAAUUCAAAAAUAUUUUUCGAAUGUUUCGGUAUUGAUAUACAUUUUUUACAUGACGAACGGGAAGAAUGGAUUAACAACAAUGCGUAUAAUGAAGUAGCAAAUAUUGUAGCCCGUAUUAAUGUUGUUAUUGAUGCGGCAGAAAGAUGA